CAAAAUUGAAGGCAAUUUCGUCCAAAAGAAAAGAAAAUGGCAACGCAGAGGGACCGGACCAAUCGACUCCUCGUUGCAGUUGUAAAAACGAAACCCUCACAAUCCCUGCAAAAAAAACUCAAAAAAGGAUUCAUCUCCAUGGCCGACUAGUGAAUCGAUUUUUGGCUGAAAACGGUCAAUUGGUUUGCCAAACCGCCGAUAUUUUGCCUGAAAACAGCCCAUCAGGAGGCGGAGCCACCGAUUACUAGACUGAAAACAGUCGAUCCAGGGACAAAGCGUCCCAUUUUUCGGUCUGAAAACAGGGAAAUGAGAGGUGGAGGAACACCCUGUUAUGACAAUGAAUGGAAUGGUGAUGAUCUAUUGCCCGGUUUGCCGAACCACUUAGCUCAGUUGUGUUUGGCUAAAGUGCCCGCUCCUGUAUUGUUCUCUGUGUGCAAAUCGUGGAGGCGAUUGCUUUACAAUUCUCCAUCUUUUCCUGCUUUUCUGUGUUUAUAUUUUCUUCUUGGUGAUGAGCUUUGCUCUGAAGAUUUUGUAGAAAAUGGCCAUUUUCAUGGUGGGAACCGAAGUCUUUCUCAAAAAGUUGCAGAGAACGAAUGUUUUUAUGGAAGAGCAGAUGAAGAAACCCACCACCAAGCUGAAGAAGCUGUUGCGGAUAUUACCGUUUAUGAUUCAUCAGAGGAUGCAGAAAACCACCUCUUCGAAUCAGGGGAGGCAAAGAGAACCUCUCAAAUUGUAGAGAGGAACCACCAAAGCGAAUUCAGAGGAACCCAACAUCUCGACUAUGAAGAAAUUGCAGAUGAAAGCUAUCGCCAUGUUCAUUGGAAACAGAGAGAAAGCAGCCCCAAUCAUGAAGAAGAAAUGACAGAAUUUGACUAUCACCACCAUUACCAUGAGCUCGGUAAAAGAAAGCGCCAUCACCCACGAGGAGAAUUCAGAAAGAGAAAUCAUAUCGAUGAAGAAGAGCUCAACGAAAGAACGCACCACCACCUCUACCACCAGAGAAAUCACAUCGAUGAAGAAGAGAUCAACGAAAGAACGCACCACCACCAUCAAAGAGAGAGACAACAGCAACACACACAACACUCCUCGACCAAUCUGACAUGGACCGCUUUCGACCCUCUCUCAGGACACUGGGAGGCUCUACCCCCUCCACCACCCCACCGCCCCUUCCUCCUUCGAUCCCCCACGUUCCUCUCCCGAACCCUCCCAAUCCAAACCCUCACUGCCUACGGCCACCUCCUCACCAUCGCAGCCACCACCUCCCCCCUCCUCCCCGCCCUCCCAAGACCUCUGGCAUUUAACCCGCAGUCGCGCUGUUGGCGGUUUGGGCCUGCCCUCCCUGCUCCCCGCCGGUGGUGUGCAACUGGCGCCCUAGGCCCCACUGUCGUAGUUGCCAGCGGGACAGGCUGCCAAUUUAACCAGACGGUUGCGCGGUCGACACUGGCUUGGUCCAUGGAUCAGUUACCCUGGUGUUGGAGGGAGGUUGCCUGUAUGAAGAACACACGUUUUGCGAGAGAGGCCAUUGAGGCAACUGCGUAUAAGGGGAGGUUAUGUAUGGUGAAUGUGAGGGCAGGGUUGGUGCGUGAGGGGGUGGUGUAUGAUGGGGGGCGGGAUGAGUGGGAAGCGAUGCCGGAGGGGAUGUUGACGGGGUGGCCGGCUGGGCCGGUGGUUGGGAUGGAGGGAAGUGAUGAAAUGUAUGGUGUGGAUGAGAGGGAGGGGGUUCUGAAGAGGUAUGAGGAGGAGAGGGGGGAGUGGAAGGAGGUGGUGAAGGUGGAGGAGAUGAGGGGAGCAGAGGGGGCAGCGGCUGGAGGGGGGAGGGUGUGCGUGAUCGGAGAGGGGGGAAGGGUGUGCGUGGUCGUCGAAGUGGCCAGGGAGGUACGGAGGGUGUGGAUGGUGAGGCCUCCUGCCAGGCGGAGGAUGGUGGCGGUUCAUGUGUUGCCGAGGAUGGGGCCGGUUGCCGUCCCAUGGAGCAUGCACCCUUUUGAAGAAUGCAGAAGACUGGCUGGGUACAGUGGGUUAUGGACGGAUUCAUUUUGUUGAGGCUUACAGUCCUUAUUUUCUUGCUUUUUUUAAUGUAAGAUAAGAAAUUUACAAUUAUAAUUUUCCCCAUUUUAAUUUGGGAUGUGAUCUUUGCUGUAAGCAUGCACCCUUUUGAAGAAUGCAGAAGACUGGCUGGGUACAGUGGGUUAUGGACGGAUUCAUUUUAUUGAGGCUUACAGUCCUUAUUUUCUUGCUUUUUUUAAUGUAAGAUAAGAAAGAGGUGGUCACAACUUACAAGUCCUAUUUUUCAUUCAGUUUUGUUCAUUAUUUGGUUUGAGCAUUGCAUAUAAUGAGAGUUAACUGUGAUGCAAAUGGGCUUCUCUCUGUGUCUAUGUGGGACACAUCGAUGAGACCUAAAAGCAGUAUAAAUACAAAAAUAAAGUGUCACGUAGAUGUCUGAUAUCUUUUUGA